UAGAACAUUGUCAUUAAAUGUAAACAUUGUCUUUGGUAAGGACAAAUUCGGCAAGUUGUUUUUUGCAGAAAAAACAACAAUUUUUAAAAACGAUAAAGAAUAAACAAACAUUUAUAAAUAAUAUAAUAAAACUGUUUGGCAGAAACCACCACCAGUAAAUGUUUUACAUUUCAGACCGUAAGUGGUAAGGUCGGAAGAUGGUGAAAGGGGCAAUGUUAUGCAAGCAAUAAAAAACAUUACAAUUUACUUCAUCUCAUUUUAAUGAAUGUAAUAAGCGAAAAAGUUGCUCUAGAAAAUGGUGUUUAAGCGUAUCGUGUUGAAUAUAAAGCGUAGUUCCAAUGCUACAUUACAAGCAUGGUGCUACCAAUGCGAAUCCAUACUGGCCCAACGUUCGCGUAGACUGCAGCAGCUUUUUACAUUUUAUCAUCGGGUCUAUGGACCGCAGGGCCUUAGGCUACUAAUACGUUCUUAUCACCGUCAACUGCCUCAAUUCAAAGGUAAAAAUUUGGUUCUUAGUGCCGUGGGGGCGAUGGGAUUAACCGUAAAUGCUGGUUCCGGUUUCGACUGGUCGAAGGAACGCCUAAGUUUGACUAACUUUGAAAGUUGCCAAGGCGAUGUGGAAUUCAUUAAUACUCUGUCGCAGAAUAAACUAUGCGACCUAUGCAAAGAGUACAAAAUGAAAUACUGCUAUUGUCUUGUGGGCAAUAAGAAAAACAUGACAACGCCCCGAGGCGGCGGAAGGUCAACAAAAGGCAUGCCGAAACACAUAUUCAAUAUAAGCAAGGAUGGAGUAGAGGGCGAAUCGGUUUAUGGUAAGGCGUUGAUACGCAGCGCCGAAGAACAACCAUGGGAGCCAUAUAUAAGCAAAGAUCAAUUUUCAAUUUGGAGGCGAGAAGAACGCACUGCAAUGUACUCUUAUAAAGUAUAUGCUCGAUUUAAUGAUAUAUCAGCUGCCGACCUAAUGCACGUGCAAGUCGAUUUAGACUAUAGAAAGGAAUGGGAUAAUACCGCUGUGGCAUUAAACAUGAUUGAGGAGGACCCCUUGCCUGGCACCAACUCACAUUUAAUCUACUGGGAAAUGCAAUGGCCAAAACUAUUCAACAAUCGCGAUUACGUCUACUGUCGCCGUUUUAUAUGCGAUGAAAAGCGCAAGCUUAUGAUGGUGGCCAAUCGUGGUACAACACAUCCAAAUUACCCCCAAUAUGCGAACAAAGUGCGCGUCACCGACUAUUGGAGUUUUAUGGUAAUAAAACCGUUUCGUAGCUUUCAAGAGCCCGGUGUGCAUUAUGUGUUGACUUAUUACGACGAUCCAGGUCUGCCCAUACCACAAAGUGUCAAAUCCUGGGUUGCUCAAAAGCAAAUGCCUGACGUUUUACGUAAUAUGUAUCAUGCAACAAAGAACUAUUCAUAUCGAAAGGCAAGAGCCAUGAAGGAUGCUUUCACUAACUUCACAGCAAAAGACGACAAUGAAUAUAUGGGCAAUAAGUCACGAGAAAAUUGGUUCAAAAAAUUCCUACUGCGACAUAGUAAUAACAACACUUUAAGCGAGAAGGAAAAUUGAAAAUGAAAUAUAUGCAAUCUGCAAAUGAAAUAACACAUAGAAAUGCAUAAUGGAUGCAGCUAUGCAAAUAUAAUGAAAUCAACAUUAAUUACAAGACAAAGUUAAAAAAGAAAUUAUCCGAUAGUUUAUGAUUGUGAAGUUAUAACAAGAUAAUUGGAAAAGUCAAAAUAGCUAUAAAAUGGCUAAGAGAAAACAAAAUUCAUUUUGAUGGAUGCUGUCGUCGUUUCCCUUACAAUUAGGCUUUUGAAAUUCGACUUAAAAUUAAAGGACAUGAAAAUUGAAAACCAAAGCAGGUACUACUUAUGACUUUCACGAAGAACUUUAUAGUUGAUGGGUGAAAGCAUUUAUGCACUAAUUUGGGUAUCCUUUAAGCAAGGGAAAUGUAAACUUGCCUUGAGUUGAAAAAUUUCGCAUUAUAGUACAUAGAAUGAAAGUUUAAACUAGAAAAGAAAACCAAAAAGCUAAGUCUAAAAAAAAGAAAGCAUUAGAAUACUCAAUUUCUUCCUUCUUCUUAUUAAAUCUAACAUCCUACUCACAUUAGCAUAUGAAUAAUACUGAAAAGUAUAAUCAUCGUAUAUUCUUAGUUCUCCAUGGAAACAAAAUACAUAUAGGAUUUUUCUUUUCUUUUUAAUACAAAUUUUUACUCCCGUAUGUGGGCACAACCCAUAACAGCAUAUGUCUAUGGAGAAAAUGAAACGGAAAUGUGUUGUUAUGCCAUGGAAGCAGCGAAUGCUACUGCUAAAUGCUACACAUCCCAAUUAAGAUUCGUGCAAUAUAUUAGCAUUUUAUCGAUAAAGUAUAUGCAUUUUAAAAAUGCCAUCAUACUUAUAAUUUUGUUACAAAAAAAAUGUUUCUUUUUUGUUGGAAAUUUAACAUAUAGUUUUUUAUUCUGAUCUCACAUUGUUCUGCGAAAAAUCGAAUGGAGAAUUUAAGAAAGAUAAUUAAUAUGUUAGAUUUUCUAUAUAUGCCAAAUUCAUCAAUCUGAAUAACGCUAACA